CCCGCCCUCGUUUUUGCUCCGAUCCUGUGUGUGACGGGAAAGUCAACAAAGUAGAGGAUUCACACAACUCUCCCCGGCGUAUAUUGUUAUCAGCCCGGCUCGCAGUGACAGCUGAACCAUGCCUUCCACUCAUGACUGGAUUAACGAGCCUCUGGCGGUGGUGGAGGGGAUGUUCGCCGCUUCCCAGAACGGUCAGAGCUCCGGAUGGGAGGCGAAGGCGGUGGAGUUUUUCGUAGAGCAGCUGAAGGAGAAAGAAGCCCAGUCUUUGGUCCCGUCUCUGAACGACGUCCCUCUGCACUACCUGAAGCCCAACAGCCUGGUGAAGUUUCGCUGUUUAAUCCAAGACAUGUUUGAUCCGGAGUUCUACAUGGGAGUGUACGAGACCGUCGACCCGUCCACAAAGGCCAAAAUGCUGCGAUGCGGCAAAUACAAAGAUGUGACAGAGUCCGGGGUGGAUCUAAACUCGAAAAGCACAGUAACUGCAGAGAGACAAACGUUCUACUGCGUUCCCAUCCCUGGAGAAAACCAGUGGGCUAAGGACGGAUACGCCGCCACCACGAGUAACCAAGGGAGGGCGGUCCCGUCCACGUCGUACGUGCCGAGCAGACAGAAGCGGAGCUACGAGGAGGACGAGGAAAUGGAAGUUCAGCCCCAGAAGCAGAAGGAAACGCAUGCAGGCUCUCAGAGCGCGACAGAGCAGCACGGCAAUGGCGACUGUAAACGUCAGGAGACGGAGGCUCCCUCCAGCCAGGCAGCAUCUGCCUCCCACCUCGACCUCAACUUCCCCCUGCCGGGGGAGAAAGGCCCCUCCUGUCUAGUCAAGGUGUACGAGGACUGGGACAGCUUCAAACUGAACGACACGUUGGAGGUGUACGGGGUCCUGUCGGUCAGCCCGGCUCUCAGUGCUCUGGCGGAGGAAAAGGAUGCCUUCCUGGACCCCACAGAGUCCAUGGAGACGGCAGAGGAGCUGAGGGUCCACUGCCCGCCGGCAUCACUCGUCCCUCGUCUUCACAUGCUCUACGGAAAGCGAGUAGCCCACAACAACCCCCUGCUGCCGCACGCCUCCCUGGAGGAAAGCAGCGCCUUUUUCUCAUCGACUCUGGGGGAGAUGGCCGCCGUCAGGGCAGAGUUGCUCUCCUACUUCACCCACGUCCUCCUGGGAGACGCUCUGGCCGCCGAGUAUCUCCUCCUCCAUCUCAUCUCCACCGUGUACUCCAGGAGAGACGUCCUGCCGCUGGGGAAGUUCACCUUGAACCUGAGUGGCUGUCCCACCGUCUCCUCGUACACAGAGCUCCUCUAUCAGAUCAUCCAGCAGCUCGUUCCCUCUUCGUUCUACCUGGCGAUGAGCCUCCAGAACAUGAACCAGAUGCGGCUGGUGCCUAAGAAGGACUACGUGGCCAACCGGCUGGUGAGCGGAGCUCUGCAGCUGGCCAGAAACACUUCCCUCUUCCUGGAUGAAACUCAGCUGGAGCAGGGACAGCUGGACGCCACGGGUGUGCGUAACGUUACGGCCCUGGGGAACCUGAUCUCCUGGCAGAAGGUUGAUUAUGACUUUAACUACCACCAGAUGGAAUUCCCCUGCAAUAUUAACGUGCUCGUCGCCUCAGAAGGCCGCUCGCUGCUGCCGUCCGACUGCCACAUACACCUGCAGCCUCAAGUGGCCCCGCCCCGCAUGGAGGAGUACCUCAGCAGCAUCCAUCUGCACCCGCAGGCCUCAUCGCAGCUCAACAAGUUCAGAGUCUUCCUGGGCGCGGCGCGGCUGCUCGACUACAGCAUCUCAGAGGAAGUGACGAAGGCGGUGGAAGACGACUUUGUGGAUAUGAGGAAGGAUGACCCCCAGAGCAUAUCUGCAGACGACCUCCACAGGUUGCUGGUUGUGGCGAGGCUGCUCUCGCUGAGCCUGGGACAGACGUCUCUGUCCAGAGACAGCUGGCUGAGGGCCAAACACAUCGAGACGCUACGAAGGAGCCGGAUGGAGCAGCAUAAGAGCGUCAAUGGCAACGAGCCGUGAUUGGAGCCAUUUGUGAUGUUUAUUUUUCCAUGUGCCCUUCCGUUAGGGUUUUUUUUUUUUUGUGUAUACUAAGCUGCAUAUGAACUUAGAUUUGUAUUUUCAUUUGGGACUAAAGAUAUAAAAGACUGUACUAUCAGACACUGAUGCCAUUUUGCUCUAAAUUAAACCUAUUUUUGGAGCUUUCCUGUUUUUCAACAUUGCAAACCCAAAAUAAAUCUUUAUA